AGGGCACCGCCACCUCGUGCACGAGAGCGCAGCCGGCACAAAAAGCAGCGUGGAGCGGACACUCGUGUCAGCGGCUGUCACUGCAGGAUUCGGUUAGUUUGAGCUGUGUUGAAGACAAGUAACCAGUGAAGCAACAAUGGACCAGGCAAGGUCAACGAUAUUCAAAAUUAUUAAUGGGGAGCCACACUCCUACACACGUUUCAACUUGACACAAAACAUGGAAGGUGAUAACAGCCAGGUGGAGAUGAAGCUGGCGUCUGCUGUGGAUGAAGAAGGUGGGGAAAAUGGAGUUGGAGACCAUCUCAAUCACAGCACCUCUCGUCAACCUUAUGUGGCUCAGAAGUUGGGACGCUCACCCAAGAACCUCUGCUUCUUGGCAGCUGCUACUCUCCUCAUCUUUAUCAUUGGAUACUUGAUUGGCUACCUGGUGCAUCGAAAAAAGGACUUGUCUCCCAUCUCUCCAGACUUUGACCCUGUUGAAAAAACCUUUCCCAUUAUCCAUGAGACUGGUGCAGCCACUCCUAUGAACUGGGACCGUGUCAAAAACCUCUUGGCUAACAAAAUCAGUCCAUCUAAGUUGGAAUCGGUCUUCAGGGAGUUUAGUAGUUCCAGCCACCAAGCUGGUUCCACUGGUGAUGAAGUUCUCAGGACCAUGGUGGUGGAUAAGUUCACAGAAUAUGGUAUGAAGACCUGGACCGAUGAUCACUAUGUUAAGGUUCAAAUCGCCCCAGCUGCUGGCUCCAAUAGAAUUGUUUUUAAGGGCCAGACAUCGCUUCCAAAAGGAUUCCUGUCCUACAGUGCCAAUGGAACAGUAACGAGUACUGUUGUGUAUGCACACUAUGGGCGGCAAAAUGACCUCAUGUCGCUGGCCAAGAAACUAAACAUGAGUGGCAAGGUUGUUUUGGUCAGAGCUGGUUUAAUCACUUUUGCUGAGAAGGUGUACAAUGCUGCCAAAAUGAAUGCAUCUGGUGUGUUGAUCUAUGCAGACCCCAGUGAUUUGUCUAUGGAAGAAAACACUGAGCUCUAUGGACAUGUCCAUAUGGGUUCAGGAGAUCCCUACACCCCUGGCUUCCCCUCCUUCAACCACUCCCAGUUCCCACCUGUCCAGUCUUCGGGCCUGCCAAAAAUCCUUGCUCAGACCAUCACUCCAGGCAUGGCCACCAAAAUUAUGAGGCAGCUUGGGGGUCAGUCUGCGCCAGCAGAAUGGGGAUGCUUCAACAAACUGGGAGAUGAAAGUGAUGAUAUUACUCUGGUGGUCAACAACGUUCUCACUGAGAAAAAGAUAAAUAACAUCUUUGGGGUCAUCCAAGGACUUGUGGAUGCAGAUCGGUACGUGGUGAUAGGUGCGCAGAGGGAUGCUUGGGGCCCAGGUUUUGCUGCAUCUACUGUUGGUACUGGCAUCCUUCUUGAACUGGCACGUUCCAUUUCUGAAAUGGUGGAGUACGAUGGAUUCAAGCCAAGGAGAAGCAUUGUCUUUGCGAGCUGGAGUGCUGGGGAAUACGGGAGUGUUGGCACCACCGAGUGGUUGGAGGCUCAUCUGACUACUCUGAACAUGAAAGCUUUCACCUUCAUCAACCUGGAUAGUGUCGUUUCAGGUUAUGGUAGAUUCAAAGUAGCAGCCAGUCCCUUGUUGCACAGUCUGAUUGAAAGCACUCUGAAAGAGGUGAAUUCCCCAAAUAAGGGCAGAACUCUUUUUUCAGAGUUCGGUCAAGACAACUGGGAAAACAAUGUGUUGGAGCCUUUGAAGAUGGAUAAUGCCGCAUAUCCAUUCCUUGCCUUUUCUGGCAUUCCUUCCAUCUCAUUUAGGUUCAUGCCUCGUAACAAAGAAUACCCCUUCUUCGGCACAAUGCUGGACACACCUGAGAGGCUCAGCAUGGCGACGAGCGGCCAACUUAAUCAGCUGGCUGUACUAGCGGCAAAGUUUGCCGGUCAUAUGGCAUUGAAGUUAGUCCAUGAUCACCUGCUACAGAUGGAUCUGUUGAAGUACAAUGACAUCAUCCGUAGCCACGUGUAUCAGAUCAAUGUGAAAGUCAGGAAUAUUAAGAGGAUGCAGCCCCAGCUCUUUUCCAAGGCCUUAACAGUGCAGUGGUUGAUCUCAGCAGCUGGCGCCUACUCCCGUGCCAUGGAGAAACUGUCCAGAGACAUUGAGCACAGUGACACGGAUAACAUUGAGAAGUGCCGCCUGCUCAAUGACCGCAUCAUGGCGGUGGAGAGGAACUUCCUGUCACCCUACGUGUCUCCUCGUGACAGUCCUUACCGCCACAUCCUGCUUGGCUCCGACUCCUACACCCUUGCAGCCGUGUCCCAGCAUCUCGAUCACCUGCAGACCAACCACCCCGAUGCAGACGCCGACUUGUUCCGCUACCAGUUUGGUCUGGCUACCUGGACCAUCCAGGGCUGUGCCAAUGCACUAGCAGGGCACAUCUGGUCUUUGGGUAAUGAAAUUUGAGAAUGAAGAAAAAGAAAAAAAAAAAGUCAUCCCCUUCCUCCCUCCUUCAUGGUUUGUCACUAUAUCACAAGUUGCAGUUUAAAAACCAGUGGGCUGCUACAAUCCUUCAACAGCUUUUUAAAUUAAUAUUCUGAGGAAGUGAUUUAAAAAAGGAGCAGUCUCUUAAUUAUAAUAUAAUUUGUCACCCCUGUUCCGUAAUUGUCAACUUUUCUUUGAUUAGUUGCCACAUCUUCCCUUCUCCCUUAAUUCUCCAUAUAAACUUAAAAAAACCUAUGAAAAUAUAAAUGUGCAUGGCCUUAACUUUAAAAUUAGCGUAGGUCAUCAACUCUCAAGAGUUGUAUAACUCUUGAAUACCACAAAAUUCUCUGGUGCUAAUUACAUCUACCUUUUCAUUACCUGUAUAAUGUGGUAGAACUACUUAAGUUGCUGUGUAUACCUUUGCAUGAGUAGAUGUAGUGAAAGUGAUCCCUUUUCAGCACAGUAUCGGGUCAUAAUCACAGGAAUCACUCCGAUUGCCAGCUUCAGAUGGUAACAAAACAUAAAAGGGCAGUACCAUUCAUUAAGCUGAGUUUCCAUUUGUUUACCAUAAUAAUUCCUGCUGGUGCUUGUCAUGAUCAAAUCUGAGCUGGUUUGAGUUGGGAGCUCUUAAUUUAUACUGUGCUGAAAUCUACUUGACUCAUUGGCAAAGGUUGAAAGAUUAAUUUCAAGUAAUGCAGCAUAAAACGUACCUAGAAUUAGGUGUUGGACAGUUGGCAGUGUGCAACACUCAAGCAGCAUUCAUCUUUUAAGAAAAUUCCUAAUUACAUGGAACAAUACAAAGAAAAAGUCUAUUUCCUGACAUGAGGGCAAAUCUGUCAUUCAGAAAAGCAAGGGAGAAGGUUUAUAACAACGUGGCACUGAAAUAAAACCGUAUGUCUAUUUAUUAUGUUAUUUAUUUAUCAGUGGCAGGGAUCACUAUAAAUAUAUUUUUUUUAUUGCCUUUUAUAAAAAAAAAAGUAAUUAUCGGGAGCAGUGCCUUCCAUAAUUAUGACAGUUAUACUGUCGAAAUGACAAAAGCAGCAUCUGCUAAAAGAUGUGUACAUGUUGACUGACAGUCGGUACUGCACGAGUCACAUCUGUCCAUAUCUACUGAACACCUCAAAAUGGCAUUUCAGCACUGGGUCUUUGGUGCACGCGUGCUUGUCUUUUAUCCUGACAUUAUCGGAAGCAGUGUCUUCCAUAAUUAUGACGGUUAUACUGUCGAAAUAACAAAAGCAGCAUCUGCUAAAGCAAGCGUACGCGUUGACCGGCGGCUCAGCGCUGCAUACAGAACAAUUGCAGCCUUCCUCAGACAUUUCCUCGGGACGACUGACGCCGUCGGUCGUCCGUGAUGUCCUGUCAGUACUGCAUCUCUGGUACCUGUACUCGUCUUGCCUGACAUUAUCAGUAAGCAGCGUCUUACAUAAUGUGAAAAAAAGAAGGUAAUUUUUACCUUGUGUGUGUGUAUCGGAGGCAGUGCCCUCCAUAUUUCACUGUAGGGGUGGAUGAUUUUAUUAUCGGGAACAGUGUUUCCCAUAAUGUGUGUAUAUAUUGCUACACAAUGCUGAUGCGUCUUUUGAUCCCCCUUCUAUGAUAUUUCCAUGGUGACGUUACCUCUGUCAUUUCCUCUCAGACACGCUGCAGUCAACACCGUCUGCUGAAUAGAUGGGGAUGAGAUUUAAUAUUAAGUUAUUCCCACUCGUCUCAUUAGUGGGUCUUCUGUUCUGAGUGUCUUUCAUGUCAUAAUCAUGUCUUGUUCUACUGUGGUUGCAUAUGGAAUGCAUGAGGAAGAGGUCUUCAGCUUAUAUUGAUACAAACAUGUUUGGGGCCACUGUGGUUAGCAGUGGUGUGGUUCAUGAUUUCCACGUAGCAUGACCACUCUGCAAUAUGGGUGAUAACAAUGGGGUGUUAUUGUGGAAAAGUACAUUCUAUCUUUUUGGUGUGUUCAUUCUCAAGAAGUUUCCUUGUGCCUUUUUUGUUUGUGGCUGUUUCUACAUAAAGUACAUAAAAGGAUUUAGUUUAGUUAUGACAUUUCUGUUUAUUUUCCUGUUGUCUGCUAGAAUGAAGUUACUGGUGUAAAUGCCUGUUAUGCUACAACAUAUUUUGAUAUAAAAGAAAUGUUACAGGAAAAAAUUUAGAUUGGUUUGAAAACUACACUGAAUAUUAUUGACGUGGUCUGCCUCUCUUUAGCUAAACUGCUAACACUGGUCAGGAUGCCAUUCAUUGUUAUGUUUUACUACAAAAUGAUGGCUGAUGUUACACUAUGCCUCACCCUCUACGUAGUUAAGGCAUCGACUUAAAAAUCAUCUUAACGGCCAUCUUUAUCUUGAGUGAUUAAUGUGAUCUGCAGCAGUAUAAUGAGGUGUGUUUUUUUUGAGGUUUCAUUUCUGAAAUUGGCAGCUUACUGUACCUCAAAACAAAAUUAUGAAAUUGGCUGAAAUUCACUUUAAGGAGCCAUUUUUCAUUCAGCUAAAUUUGUAUUUUCUAUAAUUAUUCAGAUGUCAUUUAAACAUGACCUACAUGAAGAAUGUUUGGAAACCUGGCGACGCAAUUACAUUUGUUUUCAUAUCAACUGUACACCCAUGUUUGCGCUUUCUUUUCUGCAAUAAAUCAGUAAUUCACAACAUAA